UGACGCCUCUGUGGCCAAGAUGGAGCCGACCCGCACGGGACCAAAGCUCCUAAAUAAAGCGCUGGAGGAUCUUUGUACUGGACGGGUUUAGGAGCCGUUGCUGUGGACGGAGAGACGGGGACGUGAGCAGUCAUUGAGGGCAGCCAGGGUGCAGGCGAGCCCCUCAUCUGCUCGGUGUGCGGGCUGAGCUUCGAUGGAGGACCACAUGGCGGGGCACAACAAGGAGAAGCGUUAUGAGUGCGACGUGUGUGGCAAGGCCUGCCAGAGCCCGAGCAAGCUGGAGGCCCACCGGCGGGCGCACACGGGAGAACGCCCCUUCAACUGCUCGGACUGCAGCAAGAGUUUCAUGACGGCGAUGGUCCUGAAGGCCCACCGGCGGGUGCACAUGGGCGAGAAGCCCUAUGACUGCUCCACCUGCGGCAAGAGCUUUACCCAGUUGUCAGGGCUGUGGCAGCACCGGCGGGUGCACAGCAGUGUGCGGCCCUUCACCUGCCCCGACUGCGGCAAAGACUUCAAGACGUCCACGUACCUGAAGGUGCACAGGCGCGUGCACACCGGGGAACAGCCCUACACCUGCGGCGACUGCGGCAAGGGCUUCACCAGGUCCAGCAAACUGCUGAAGCACAAGCGCACCCACACCGGCGAGCUGCCCUACACCUGCGCCCAGUGCGGCAAGAGCUUCACCCACUCCGACAUCCUGCUGAAGCACCAGCGCACCCACACCGGCGAGCGCCCUUACACCUGUGCCCAGUGCGGCAAGGACUUCACCCAAUACAGCACCCUGUUGCAGCACCAACAUACCCACACCGGCGAGCGCCCCUACACCUGUGCCCAGUGCGGCAAGGGCUUCACCACCUCCACCAGACUGCUGAUACAUCAGCGCACCCACACCGGCGAGCGUCCCUACACCUGUGCCCAGUGCGGCAAGGGCUUCACCACCUCCACCAACCUGCUGAUGCACCAGCGCACCCACACCGGCGAGUGCCUCUACACCUGUGCCCAGUGCGGCAAGGGCUUCACCUACUCCAGCAACCUGUUGAAGCACCAGCGCACCCACACCGGCGAGCGCCCCUACACCUGUGCCCAGUGUGGCAAUGGCUUCACGUACUCCAGCAGCCUGCUGGUGCACCAGCGCACCCACACCGGCGAGCGCCCCUACACCUGUGCCCAGUGCGGCAAGGGCUUCACCCAGUCCAACAACCUGCUGAAGCACCAGCGCACGCACACCGGCGAGCACCCCUAUACCUGCGCCCAGUGCGGCAAGGGCUUCAACGACUCCAGCAGCCUGCUGGAGCACCAGCGCUCCCACACCGGCGAGCGCCCCUACACCUGCGCCCAAUGCGGCAAGGGCUUCACCAGACCCUGCAGCCUGCUGGUGCACCAGCGCACCCACACCGGCGAGCGACCCUACACCUGCGUCCAAUGUGGCAAGGGCUUCACCCAUUCCGGCAACCUGCUGGUGCACCAGCGCACCCACACCGGCGAGCGCCCCUACACCUGUGCCCAGUGCGGCAAGGGCUUCACCCAGUCUACUCACCUGCUGAAGCACCAGCGCACCCACACCGGCGAGCGCCCCUACACCUGCACCAGGUGCGGCAAGGGCUUCACCCAGUCUACUCACCUGCUGGUGCAUCAGCGCACCCACACCGGCGAGCGCCCCUACACCUGUGCCCACUGCGGCAAGGGCUUCACCCAGUCUACUCACCUGCUGAAGCACCAGCGCACCCACACCGGCGAGCGCCCCUACACCUGCGCCCAGUGUGGCAAGGGCUUCACCCGUUCCUCCAAGCUGCUGUCCCACCAGCGGGUGCACGCCGGCGACCGGGAAUGUGAAGGUCGGUCGUGGAGAAGCGAACUCCCAGUGACCGAGCGCGCGAGCGAGCGACCGUUGGUGAAGAACCUUCUGGAAACGGCGGGAAAUAACGGGCGGCAACGGCUGAGGGAGCGCGAGCGGCGACAGCUAGUGAUUGAAGGAGGAAACGACGACGGGCAUCGGUCUCGGCCAAUGGGCGGAGGAGUUGGUGGUUGUCCGGCCUCCUGUCGUUGCUCAUUGGAGGAGGAUGGAGACGGACUGACGGCCCGGCCCGGGAGCGAGUGUAAGACAGUUUGUCCGCCCGGGAGCGAGUGUAAUACAGUUGUGGGGCCCGGGAAGGAGAGAGGUUGCACCGGCCCGGAAAUAACGUCACUGCCCCGCAGCCCCGCCGUAAGCGGAGACGUCAAGAGCGGGGCGGAAGGCGCAGG